AAUAGCAGCCAUGUGUGAGGGGCGGCGCUCCGCUCUCCUCCCUGUCCACGUCUCUGGCCGCCGUGGCCUCAGGAUACUGUAGGUGAGGAGCGGUGUGUGUGGUAAGUGUGUGACAUGAACAGUGAACCUGAGGAGAAACUUCUACACGACGCCCGAAAUGGAAACCUGGAUGGCGUCCGGGCACUUCUAGAAGGCUACAGAAAAGGACAGAUUACAGUGAAUAUAGAUUGCAAAGGUAAAAGCAAGUCUAAUAUGGGAUGGAUGCCUCUUCAUCUUGCAUGUUAUUUUGGACAUUGGGAGGUGGUAGAAGAUUUAUUGAAGGCUGGAGCUGACAUCAAUGUUCUGAAUGACAUGGGGGAUACUCCUUUACACCGAGCUGCUUUUACUGGGCGUAAGGAGCUGGUGAUGUUGUUGCUGGAGUCCAAUGCAGACACCACUGUGAUAAAUGGAGAGGGUGAAACCGCCGCGGAUGUGGCCCAAGACAAAGACAUUAAAACCAUGUUGGAAGCUGCGCAACGGACACAAGAAAGAAAACAGGAAGAGGUACUUCUGACAACUGCUAGAGAAGGAAAUCUUGCAAAAUUAUCAGAGUUGCUAAACCGAGCUAAGCCUCCUAACAUUAACUGCACUGACCAGAUGGGUAACACACCUCUGCACUGUGCUGCAUAUAGAGGGAUGAAGCAGUGUGCCUUAAGACUUCUUAAAAGCGGAGCAGAUGUAAAUAUCAGAAAUAAAAACAACCAGAAGCCAAUAGACUUAGCCCAGCGUAUAGAAAUAAAGCAAGUUCUACAAGGCAAGACUGGAAAGUAUAUCGUGAAGAACCUCCAGAGAUUUGAAGGCCAGUUAUGCAAGAGCUCACGCUUCUUUGGGUGGAAGUUCUUUUGGGUGGUUCUCGAGCAUGGCGUUAUGUCUUGGUUUCAGAAACAGUCAGAUGCAUUAAACAAUGUGUAUCGGCAAGGCUGUAAGCACCUGACGCAAGCCAUUUGCACGGUGAAGUCAUCAGACAACGUUUCUUUCUCCGUAAAAUGCUUUGAUGACAGCAUCCACAAUUUCAAAGUUUUUUCCAAAAACCUUAGGCAUACAAGGGAGGACUGGCUGGCCGCCAUUGAGGAGCAUUCAGCUUAUAGCACUUACUACUGUUCACAAGAACAGCCCAGUGACGAUGAAGAUGAAGACCUGGUGCUUGCAGGCGACAUAAAGGAGUCUCUCGAGAAUGCUCAGCUCAGUCAUCAGAGACUGGAUAAGGACAUUUCCAUAUUUCUUACUGACUUGGAGGAUUUAAAAGAUAUCGACCCAGUUACCCUGCAACAAAUAAACAACAUAUCUGAUGCAUCCCAAGAAACCUGCAGAGCUUUAGCAGACUGUCUACGUCUCUUCACCCGGCAUGAAAAGGCGAGAAAUCUAAAACUAGAACACGAGCAAGAGAGAAGUAAGAUCUUAUCAGAGGCGUUACAGACGUUGGCUACAGAACACCACGAAUUAGAGCAGUCUCUUGUUAAAGGGACACCUCCUCACCACUUUAUUCUCAGCGAGGAUGAAUUCUAUGAUGCCAUCUCAGAUUCGGAGUCUGGUCAUUCCUUGAGUGGAUUCGAGACAGUUGGAAAUUCUUCCAUAGAAGAAAGUCAGGAUUUUAACUUCCAGAAACAAGCCGACAUGUCAGAUGACAAGAAACCCGGAGGAGGAGAUGGCACUUCUAAUGGCAUUAAAAAGCACAGAACAACUUUGCCGUCCCCAAUGUUUUCUAGAAAUGAUUUCAGUAUUUGGAGUAUAUUAAGAAAGUGCAUUGGAAUGGAAUUAUCCAAGAUCACGAUGCCUGUAAUUUUCAAUGAGCCGCUGAGCUUUCUACAACGUCUUUCAGAGUAUAUGGAGCACACCUAUCUCAUCCAUAAGGCAAAUCAAUGUACAGACCCCAUAGAAAGAAUGCAGUGUGUUGCUGCCUUUGCUGUCUCAGCAGUUGCAUCACAGUGGGAACGUACAGGGAAACCAUUUAACCCUCUUCUUGGAGAAACAUAUGAGUUAGUUCGUGAUGAUCUUGGAUUUAGACUCAUUUCUGAACAGGUCAGCCACCAUCCGCCGAUUAGUGCUUUCCAUGCAGAAGGUCUUUCUAAUGACUUUGUAUUUCAUGGAUCAAUCUAUCCAAAACUGAAAUUUUGGGGGAAGAGUGUUGAAGCAGAACCCAAAGGAAUAAUAACACUGGAACUCCUAAAGCACAACGAGGCUUAUACAUGGACAAACCCUACUUGCUGUGUACAUAAUAUAAUUGUGGGGAAGCUGUGGAUUGAGCAGUACGGCAAUAUGGAAAUCACUAAUCAUAAGACUGGUGAUAAAUGCAUCCUAAGUUUUAAGCCGUGUGGUCUGUUUGGGAAGGAAUUACACAAAGUAGAAGGAUACAUUCAGGAUAAGAGCAAAAAGAAGCUUUCUGCUCUCUAUGGAAAGUGGACAGAGUGUCUCUAUACUGUUGAUCCUGUUUCAUUUGAUACAUUUAAAAAAAAUGACAAGAAAAAUGGAGAUGAUAAGAAAAACCAGUCCAGAAGUACUGAGGAGCCUGAUGACAUGCCAUUACCAGACUCGGAAAGUGUACAGGUUAUUCCUGGGAGUAGACUGAUGUGGCGAAUAGCCCCUCGACCAUCUAAUUCUGCACAGAUGUAUAACUUCACCCACUUUGCUAUGGCAUUGAAUGAAUUUGAUAAGGGAAUGGAAAAGCUAAUACCCAAGACAGAUUGCAGACUGCGCCCUGAUAUAAGGGCAAUGGAAAAUGGCGAUAUUGACACAGCCAGUGAAGAAAAGAAGAGAUUAGAAGAAAAACAAAGGGCUGCUCGAAAGAAUCGCUCAAAGUCAGAUGAAGACUGGAAAACAAGGUGGUUUCAUCAAGGCCCUAAUCCACACAACAAUGCACAGGACUGGCUAUACUGUGGGAAGUACUGGGACAGAAAUUACACAAGCCUACCAGAUAUCUAUUGAUAGUGGCACGCUGCCAUGAUGGGGGUCUUUUCAGCUGUAUGAAAUGUAGAUUUGCGUGCCCUGACUUCAUAUAACUUGCACCUUUUUAAAACCCUGUAGCAUUUAAUUUAACAAUCCUUUUUGUAAAGGAAAGCAAGCAAUAUGUGAUGCAACUUUCCGAGUUGUCAUAGACACCAGUAGGAAUGCCAGCAGAUGAUACAUAUUCAUGUCUAGGAUCUGACAUUUAUGUGAAACAAAUAUCUAUAUCUUGAAAAAUAAACAUUAUUUUGAUAAGCUCGAAAAAUGUGCAAUGCAUGACGAAUGUCAGAAUAUUCUUCUUCACAAAUCAAGCAAGUGCAGGAGAAAUCGACACAAAAACCUAAUAAAAAGUAGUGAUGGCUUUGUGGCUGUCCACACACAAAGUGGCAAUAUGAUCUGACUAUAAAAAAUUUACAGAUACAGGACUUUAAAUAUUGCAUUUUAAAGGGCCUCUCUGGGCUUUUCUGAACAUCCGGCAGCCUUCUGACCUGAGGAGGCAAGAUGGUUUCCUCAGUACUUACCCCUCUGUCACAGCUUCGAUCCCAUUCACAUGACCCCCUGGUCUGUCUGCAGGCUUUCUGUUCAGCAGUGUAUUGUAAGUGGAAGCCAUCUUGCCUUCACAGGUCAGAAGGCUGCCGGAUUUUCAGAAAUGCCCAGAGAACCCCUUUAAGGAAAGCAUUCCAAUUUCAUUGUGUAUAUUGUAUACAUGUAUUUUUAAGGAAUUCUCAUUGUCUAUAGAGGGAAAUAAAACAGAAUUUCGGGAAUACCUACCGCUAUUUACAUCAUGUUUCUCUUGGAUAUUUAACUGUAAUACAACUAAUAUGAAAACCUAAAAUCCCAUCAUCUAUAGUCAACAUGCUUUUUAGUUUGAUUGUAAAUGUGACCAUUUAGGGGGUAACUUAUCAAUCUGAAAUACGCCUA